CUCUCAUGCCCAGGCCCUGUCUCACUCACUGGGGCAGAGCUCAAGCCCAGCAUAAAAGGGCCGUGGGGAUGGAGCAUCUCCAUCCACUCCCUCCUGAGGUAGUGACUGACCCUGUGCUGCUUGUGCACCUGCUCCUGAACGCCCACCUGACUGCCCGCCCAGAUGUCCUGCCAGCAGAGCCAGCAGUGUGUCCCCAAGUGCCCUCCCAAGUGCUGCACCCCAAAGUGUCCCCCCAAGUGCCCCCCAGUCUCUUCCUGCUGCAGUGUCAGCUCUGGGGGCUGCUGUGGCUCUGGGGGUGGUGGCUGCUGUAGCUCUGGGGGUGGUGGCUGCUGCAGCUCUGGGGGUGGUGGCUGCUGCCUGAGCCACCACAAGCCCCGCAGGUCUCGCCUCUUCAGACACAGACGCUCUGACUGCUGCAGCUCAGGGGGCUCCAGCUGCUGCAGAGGGGGCUCUGGAGGGGGCUCCAGCUGCUGCGGAGGGAGCAGUGGUCAGUCCUCAGGAGGCUGCUGUGGAGGGGGCUCCAGCUAUGGAGGGAGCAGUAGUCAGUCCUCUGGAGGCUGCUGUGGAGGGGGCUCCAGCUAUGGAGGGGGCUAUGGUCAGUCCUCUGGAGGCUGCUGCGGAGGGGGCUCCAGCUAUGGAGGGAGCAGUAGUCAGUCCUCUGGAGGCUGCUGUGGAGGGGGCUCCAGCUAUGGAGGGGGCUAUGGUCAGUCCUCUGGAGGCUGCUGCGGAGGGGGCUCCAGCUAUGGAGGGGGCUAUGGUCAGUCCUCUGGAGGCUGCUGUGGAGGGGGCUCCAGCUAUGGAGGGGGCUAUGGUCAGUCCUCCGGAGGCUGCUGUGGAGGGGGCUCCAGCUAUGGAGGGGGCUAUGGUCAGUCCUCUGGAGGCUGCUGUGGAGGGGGCUCCAGCUAUGGAGGGGGCUGUGGCCAGUCCUCUGGAGGCUGCUGCUAAAGUGGACCCUGAGCCAAGAAGAGCAGCAUCAGAGGCACUAAAGGGGCAAGACCAUCUUCCUUGGGCCUGCCUGUGUUGCUGAGACAUUUUAGUGAAGAUUUCAAGUUCUGUUCUGGAAGAUUCUUCUGACUGGGAAUCCAGAAAUCUGUGUCCUCUUCGAACAUCUCAUCUCCCGACCUCUGAUCCCACCUUUGCAGCUUGCCCUGGGAACCCCAGAUUAUUUCUUUGGCUGGCCCCUUCUUGAAGGGAAACAAUAAAACAGUCUGCUCCCCAA